AUGGACCAAGUACUUCACCAUGUUGCACAGACCAUGGAGAAACAGCUGGAUGCUGAAAUAGAGAGGCUGGAUGCGUUGGACAACAGCGACUUGGAGACCAUCAGGCAGCAGCGCAUCGCCGAGAUGAAGCUGCGCGCCAAGCAGAAGCAGGAGUGGCUCGCGGCAGGCCACGGUGAGUACACAGAGAUAGAUGGAGAGAAGGAGUUCUUCACAAUCUGCAACAAGAGUGACAACGUGGUAUGCCACUUCUACCGCAACGACGCGCCGCGCUGCCGCAUCGUGGACAUGCACCUCAAGCUGCUGGCCAAGAAGCACGUGGAGACCAGAUUCGUCAAGCUGGACGCUGAGAGGGCACCGUUCUUGACUGGUCGCUUGAAGAUUCGCGUCAUUCCCACAAUAGGUCUGGUGAAGAACAACAAAACCAAGGACUUCAUAGUGGGCUUCACGGAUUUAGGCAACCGAGAUGACUUCUCCACUGAGAUGCUGGAGUGGAGGAUUGCUAGAUCGGAAGUAAUAGAAUAUUCAGGAGACCUCCUGACUCCCCCCGACGAGGCGAAGAAACAGCGCGCGAUUCAGAUUCAGAGCAAGAAGACCAUCCGCGGCAGAGCUGAUUCCGACUCAGAUUUAGAUUUUAGUGAU